CGGCCGCCCCGCCCUUCCUCCUCUUCCCGCUUGCGGUUGCUAGGCUACCCGGGCCCUCACAGAAGGCGGUGGCGGGCGGGUGCAGCGAGUUUGUCCCCUUCCCCGCACACUGCUUGGCCUCUGUACCUAAGUGCAGUGGCCGCCUGCCUCGCUGGAGCUUCUCUGCCGCACCCAUCCGUGCUGCUUGGGACGGGCCGGGGCGCGAAGGCGGUCGCACCCAUCGCUCUGCCCUCCCGGGAAGUUUCUGCUCUCCUUCCCCGCUCCUACCCUUAGGAAACCCCCUCACCGCCUGCCCCGGACCAGGUUCCUCUGAACCCUAAAUUCAAUCUAAAUUCAAUCUUCAGGGCCCACUCUCCCAACCCCCUGACCUUUUUCCAUCGACACCAACCGAGACGACUUCGUCGCGUGCUCCCAUCCCCAUUUCUCUCACUUUCCUGUGGCGAGCAUCUCCCUUCUCAGGGAAAGGGAAGCAUGGGGCCAGCACCUUAGGAAGAAGAGGCGGGAAGAUACGCCGCCCUCCCUGUCUCAGGUGCACCUCUGGCCUCGGCGUGACCACCUUGUUUAGCUGAGGAGAAGCUUCUCGUGUGUCAUCAGCUGCCCAUUUGGAAAUUGGGCAGGGUUUGCGACUGGUUUUCUAGUCAUUGACUAGUUUUCAGCCUACCAUCCAGAAGUAACAUGUUCCCAGCCUUGGAAACGCACCUAAAGCAGACUAUUCCUGAUCCUUAUGAAGACUUUAUGUACCGUCACCUCCAAUAUUAUGGCUACUUUAAAGGGCCUACCAGUUUAUCUUCAGCUGUGCACAGACAGAUAGAAGCCAUCAAUAGAGAUCCACAUAUGCUGAGUUUACCACAUCUUAGGAGCAGACAACUUCUUUAUGAUGAGUUGGAUGAAGUAAACCCACGUCUUCGAGAACCCCAAGAACUCUUUUCCAUUUUGUCUACCAAGAGGCCACUGCAGGCUCCAAGAUGGCCAGUUGAAUGUGAGGUCAUCAAGGAAAACAUUCAUCAUAUUGAGUGGGCUCCACCUCAACCAGAAUACUUCUAUCAGCCUAAAGGAAAUGAAAAGGUACCAGAGAUUGUAGGAGAGAAAAAAGGAACAGUUGUCUAUCAAUUAGAUUCAGUGCCUACAGAAGGUUCCUAUUUCACCAGUUCCAGAGUGGGAGGCAAACAAGGAAUUAUCAAGGAACUUGCUGUCACGUUGCAAGGACCGGAAGAUAAUACUCUACUGUUUGAAUCAAGGUUUGAGAGUGGGAAUCUGCAAAAAGCUGUCAGAGUAGACACCUAUGAGUAUGAACUCACCUUGAGAACUGACCUCUACACUAACAAACACACUCAGUGGUUUUAUUUUCGUGUUCAGAACACCAGAAAAGAUGCCACCUAUCGCUUCACCAUUGUCAACUUGCUAAAACCCAAGAGUCUUUAUACUGUAGGAAUGAAGCCACUCUUGUACUCCCAGUUGGAUGCCAACACCCGCAGUAUUGGCUGGAGGAGAGAAGGAAAUGAAAUCAAGUACUACAAGAACAACACGGAUGACGGGCAGCAGCCCUUCUACUGUCUCACAUGGACCAUUCAGUUUCCGUAUGACCAGGACACUUGCUUCUUUGCACACUUCUACCCAUAUACAUACACUGAUUUGCAAUGCUACCUCCUGUCAGUGGCAAACAACCCUAUCCAGUCUCAGUUCUGCAAGUUCCAAACUUUAUGCAGGAGCCUAGCAGGAAAUACCGUUUACUUGCUCACCAUCACCAACCCAUCCCGGACCCCUCAAGAGGCAGCUGCAAAGAAAGCUGUGGUCUUGAGUGCCAGAGUUCACCCUGGAGAAAGUAAUGGCUCCUGGGUUAUGAAAGGCUUUUUGGACUUCAUCCUUAGCAACGCCCCAGAUGCCCAGCUCCUCAGAGAUAUUUUUGUCUUCAAGGUGCUUCCCAUGUUAAAUCCAGAUGGUGUGAUUGUGGGGAAUUACCGGUGUUCCUUGGCCGGAAGAGAUUUGAACAGGCAUUAUAAAACCAUUCUGAAGGAGUCUUUCCCUUGUAUUUGGUACACCAGGAACAUGAUCAAAAGACUUCUUGAAGAAAGAGAGGUUCUGUUGUAUUGUGAUUUCCAUGGCCACAGUCGUAAGAAUAAUAUCUUCCUGUAUGGCUGUAAUAACAACAAUCGCAAGUACUGGCUUCAUGAACGAGUCUUUCCUUUAAUGUUAAGCAAAAAUGCACCAGAUAAGUUCUCUUUUCACAGUUGUAAUUUUAAGGUCCAAAAAUGCAAAGAAGGAACGGGACGAGUUGUUAUGUGGCGGAUGGGAAUCCUAAACAGCUACACCAUGGAGUCUACCUUUGGCGGGUCCACCCUGGGUAGUAGAAGAGACACCCACUUUACCGUCGAAGAUCUGAAGUCCUUAGGUUACCAUGUCUGUGACACCCUGCUGGACUUUUGUGAUCCUGAUGAAACGAAGUUCACUCGGUGUCUAGCAGAGCUUAAGGAGCUUUUACGACAGGAAAUCCACAAGAAAUUCCAUGAACUUGGACAAGAUGUAGAUUUAGAAGGAAGUUGGAGUGACAUCUCUUUGUCUGACAUUGAAUCCAGCACCAGUGGCUCUGACAGUUCUCUCUCAGAUGGUCUUCCUGUUCACCUAGCAAACAUAGCAGAUGACCUGACUCAGAAAAAGAAGAUGUUUAAGAAGAAAAAAAAGAAGUCACUUCAGACUAGGAAACAGCGAAAUGAGCAGUAUCAGAAAAAAAAUUUGAUGCGGAAGUUAAAGUUAACAGAAGAUACCUCAGAAAGGGCAGGAUUUGCUUCGACUCUGCAAAAGCAGCCAACCUUUUUCAAAAACUCAGAGAAUUCCAGUUUUUCACCAAUGAAAAAUGAAAACCCCAGGUUAAAUGAGACAAAUUUAAACAGAAGACACGAAGACACCCCCCUGGACCCAUCAAUGGCCACCCUGAUUGUGCCUAAGAAUAAAGAGAGAAUGCAGACAAAUUUAAACAGAAGACACGAAGACACCCCCCUGGACCCAUCAAUGGCCACCCUGAUUGUGCCUAAGAAUAAAGAGAGAAUGCAGAAUAAGAAGCCAGGCUUUACAGUAUCAUGCUCUCCAAAGAGAACCAUAAACUCCAGCCAAGAGCCAGCUCCAGGCUGCCAAGGUGGCUUCGGGAAAAUAUGCCAUCGAGUGGACCUGGGCCAGCACACAAGUAUCUCCUUCAGCCUUGGAAAUUUAUCUUCUGCUUCUGAAACGGAAGUUCCCGCACCUUUUCCCCCUCCAUGGCUAUUUCACACCUCCAUUUCAAGUCUCGUGCUCCCUCUCUGCUGCCACCUUCCUCCAAGCAAACAGCCACACUAGUGAAGACUGGUUCAGACGCUAGG